AUUCCACCGAUUCCACCGAUUCCAUCAUGGCUCCAUGGUCGAUCAUGGGCAUUGGCGCCUUGCUUGGAAUGUUAGCGGUGGAUGCAGUUUUCGAUUUUGGUGAUCCCAAUGCGGCAAAGUCCUAUUACUGCACCUUGCUGCCGACCCUUUGGAGCUUCCCCUUCGUUCUGCGAGUGGCGAUUCCCGUGGUCUUCUCCGGUCUUUGCGUCGUGGCCAACCUGAUCCAUAGCGGCAGCGGAUCGAUCUUCCACCUGGGCACCUGUGUGGUGUUGCUGAUAGGUGGCUUACCCUGUUUUGCCCUUUCAAUCGAUGCGGCACCUUCGGAAAGCAAAUGGCGUGUCCUGUUGUUGGCCACACGGCCAUGACGAAAAAAUCAUGACAUGCUAAGAGUUGAAGGGUGGCAGGCCUCACAGGCCAUUUGGAGAGUCACACCCUUUCCCUCGACUUCAAAAUCAAACAUCAAAUAACCCAAUUGGAUCCAUUUGGAUCCAGUUGGGUUGAUAUUUCAAGAGGUCCAAUAUAGAUCAAUAUAGAUCAAUAUAUUCAAUAUAGUAUAAUAGAUAUGUAUAGAUGAUGGAAUGAUUGAUGGAUGUCUGGUGUUUUCACCAAGGGUAGUUGUUGUUACAUAUUUUCACCCCAUUUUGCCAUGGACACACGGGACACAACGAGUGGUUUCAGCUGCGAGGUUUGGAAGAUGUGCUACAGCGAUCUGCUGCCAGAACUGGCAAUGUCAACGCUUCGCGGAGCUCACGGGGUAAUGGCUGUGAUCUUCGUGGUUAGUAUCCUUCUGGAAUCCGUGGGCGCCUCACGGAGCACAGCAAAAUCUGCAAAGACGCAAUGAGGAAAAAAAAGC